GUGGUGAUUGGGCGGCGCCCAGGAGGCUCCCGGGUGAGGCGCGGGCGCGCGAGCGGGAGUUCCGGCGGAGGCCCGUGCUGAGGGCUGGCGCCUUCACCAUGGCCUCGGCUGAGCUGGACUACACCAUCGAGAUCCCGGAUCAGCCCUGCUGGAGCCAGGAGAACAGCACCAACCAAGGCGGGAAGGAGGCUGGGACGCGACAGCCUUUGGUGAUUCUCUUGGGCUGGGGUGGCUGUACGGACAAGAACCUUGCCAAGUACAGCGCCAUCUACCACAAAAGGGGCUGCAUCGUGAUCAGAUACACAGCCCCGUGGCACAUGGUCUUCUUCUCCGAGUCCCUGGGCAUCCCUUCACUUCGUGUUUUGGCCCAGAAGCUGCUUGAGCUCCUCUUUGAUUACGAGGUGGAGAAGGAGCCCCUGCUCUUCCAUGUCUUCAGCAAUGCCGGCGUCAUGCUCUACCGAUACGUGCUGGAGCUCCUGCAGACCCAUCGGCGCUUCUGCCACCUGCGUGUGGUGGGCACCAUCUUUGACAGCGGCCCCGGUGACAGCAACAUGCUGGGGGCUCUGCGGGCCCUGGCGGCCGUCCUGGAGCACCGGCCUGCUGUGCUGCGCCUGCUGCUCCUGGCGGCCUUCGCCCUGGUGGCAGUCCUGUUCCAUGUCCUGCUCGCCCCCCUCACGGCCCUCUUCCAUACCCACUUCUAUGACAGGCUACUUGAUGCGGCCUCUCGCUGGCCUGAGCUCUACCUCUACUCCAGGGCCGACGAGGUGGUCCUGGCCAGGGACGUGGAACGCAUGGUGGAGGCACGCCUGGCGCACCAGGUCCUCGUGCGCUCCGUGGACUUUGUGUCAUCUGCGCAUGUCAGCCACCUCCGUGAUUACCCUACUUACUACACCAGCCUCUGCGUCGACUUCAUGCACAGCUGUGUCCACUGCUGAGCUCCUUGCCCCCCUCACCCAACUCCUCUCUGCUCCAGAAAUAAACGCCCCACACCUCCCCACAA